AUGGAAGCUCAGGACGGUAUAUCCGUCCGCCCUAUGAGGUGUACGAACCCCCCUUUCUGCUACGAAAAUGACAGAACCCUAAACCGUGCGUUUACAAUGUGCAGUGAAGGUGCUCUACACACCACGUACCUCGAUGAGAAAACACAAAUCGGAGUCAUUGAUCUCAAGACAUGUAUCCAGGCUAUCGUAUCUGCCAGCCCGGAAUUGGUGGCCAAGUUAGGCCAGGAUUACACGGUGUACGCCUAUGACUACUCAGAGCAGGAGACGCCAUUGGUGGGCCAGGGGAUGCUGUCAUGGGUUCUAGCCUCCGCUUCUCCCUCGUCAAAUGAAUCUGCCAAUCAGUCGAGGCCCAUUGUGACCGGGCGUGUCUGCAAGAAUGUCUUGGGGCUCUUCUCAAAGGGUGCACAGGAGACCCUGGAGGUCCGGCUUCGACUCGUUCCAGUCCCAACAGUCCUGCAGAGUGAAUAUCUCGAGAGCAUCCAGAAGUACCGGGAGUUGAGCAACAUUAUCCCCCAGGACUUUGAUGCUCAAGCAUGGACUACAUUCAUUAAACAGAACCCCAACUUGUUCGCUUCCGGCAACCGUGCCCAGUUAACAGACCGUCCCAACUCGUCCAUGGAUCAUUCCGGGAUCGAGAGGUUUCACCAGCUUCUGAGUGAAAGCUCGACCCCAAGAGAGUUUCCAUCCACGAAUCGUCCAGACUCACCUUGCCAAUCCCCUCUGCCUCCCCCGAGCCGGGGCUCAACUCCGAACGGAGUCCGGCCACCAACUCAGCAGCCACAACAGCAACACCCGCUACCGCACCGGAGGAGAGACAGCGAAGCGUCUUUCCGGCCAUCAUCUAGGGCUUCCACACGUGAGCCUGAAUCUCAACGGCCUCCAGUAGCCGCUGCACGCCGGGGUUCAAUGCAGUCUGGGUAUGGUAGCGGUGAGGAGUCGAUGGAACAGCAGCCGCGCAAGAGAGCAAAACUCUUCAGAGCGGAAUGGACAGCGAAAGAGGACAUGAACAUCGAAAGGCAACCAGGGUCAUUGCGUGUGGCAGCCAGCACGGCAGCUUCAGUUCGCAUCCAUCGUCCAACUCCGAACACCUCGUCCACCAACCAAAACCCCAACAAUGAGGAGCCUGUCCGUCCACCUACUCCGAUAACUCGCUCGACUGGUGAUAUUCCCCGCCGGACUCGUCCAGGCCCGAGCCUUCUCCGUGAGUCCUCGAGCCGAAGCAAUACAUCAUAUAGGUCUCCAUAUGCGACAGGCGAUGAGCGGCCCUCUACCGAACAUCCAGCGACGUCGCCUGACGAAACGCGUUACCAAGGUAUCUUUGAGCCACAAUUCAACAUGCCGUCUUCCCCUCCUGUCAUGGACAGUGGGUUCCCCAAUCGAUCCAGCCCUGCAUUGCCACCAUUGCCAAUGCAGCCCGACUCCGGCUUCAUGAGCGCCUCCCUCGAGGAACUCUUGGAUGAUGAUGGCUGCCCAAGGACGAACAUGGAUGAAGACGCAGGCACGCCCUUGGACGAAUGCAGGCGGACGAACUCGAACGAGAAUUCGAGAGAGGAGCGCAUGGCAGACUCGGCAAUCCAAGGAACCUCUCCUGUCAAUCCAUCUGUUUCGGGGCACCAUCACGACAAUUUUUUGGCCAGUGAUGGAGCGUUCGAAGCACCCGCGAAGGAAACAGCUCCCCCGUCUCUUCCUCCUCCCCGGACGACCACUGGAUCCAGACCUUCAUCGAGGGCAAGUGUCAGACAGCCACCAAAGCCGUUGGCUCCGGCUCCUAUGUCGCAAAGCGAGCUAGAGCAGCUCAUGAAUUCAAUCCCCGCGAGUGAUCCUGUAUUGCCGCCAAAUGGAUACCUACAACACUCCAAUUCGUGGGCGGGUCCCAUGAGUGAUCUUCCUUCCGUGAACACGCCAGCACCACAGCCUGUGGAGGAGGGAAAAGUUCGGAGUGGAGCAGGUGCGAGGAGGGUGCGACAGGUUCAGGCGCGUCUUGAUCAAUGUAUCCGGGAGGGACAGAUUCCACCAUAUUGCGAAAACUGUGGUGCCAUUGAAACGCCGACAUGGAGAAGAGCUUGGUCGAAGGAAAUUGAUGGCAAUGAGCAGGACGCGAACGAAUUUGCAAAAGAUCCCCUAAUGUUGUUCUGGCAGGUUUUGGAGAAGGAUGAAGAGGACAGAGUCACCCGAUUCAAAAUCUACAAGAAGACGCUGGCGGAUACGGACAAUGACUUUGUCCAGAUCCUCCUCUGCAAUCCUUGCGGUCUGUGGCUCCACAAAUUCAAGACCAUGCGGCCAGAGAAUAAGUGGAACAAACAACCGCCGAAAGACAAGCGAAAGCGGUCUUCACGGAACCGAAAGGGACCGCUCUCCGGCGCCGGCAACACAGCGACGAGGAGCCGUAGCAAGGCCCAGACAAAUAAACCUGCAGAAUCGUCCCCCGGCCCAACAGACGCGUCAUCGCCUGCUGGAGAUGAUGGGAUUACCCCUCGUGCUGAGAACGACAAUGAAGACGAUGUUCAAGAACCCCCAUCAAAGCGGCGGCGUGCGAACAGCGUAGAGCCUCAGAGAACAACGGAAACCGGGCAGGGUCGGUGGGAGGAGCACGACGCGAUAGAAGCACUUCGACGGGCUAUCCAGUCUAGCCCUGCACGCAAUCCUGCAUCUCAGAACGCUGAGAUGAACGACAAUAACCUCACGCCUAAGCCUGUCCGAAGGACCUUGUUUCCAAGUGCUCAUGAAGGGCCGUUGAAGACUCUAGGGGACUCACUGACGAAUAGUCCGCGACGAAGUCCGCGAAUUGCUUCACGAGGUUCCGAGAAAACAGCACAAGACAAGGAAAAUCAGGCUCCAGCUACUCGUGAUAAUCUUGACGGCCUCUUUGAAAGUCCCUCGUUUGAAUUCGAACCUCCUUCAACGCCGACUCCCAAGCGGCGAAGCCCUCGCGGAGGGAAUUCAACAGAGAAGAGGCUUUCCUUGCCAUUCUGUUCCCCAACAGCCCAGAAGGGAAAGGAAGGGAACCCAAACCUUACACCGACCAGACUCGCGAUGGAGAAACUCCAGCGCGCACAAGGAACAAGCAGUGCGGCGACCACACCUCGUAGGGAGAGAAACGACAAAGACGGCAUUCCGGAACUCCCUUCGCUUGGCGGUACUCCUCGGUCAGGGACCCAGGAAAUGAUGAAUGGCAUUAUGAUGGACAUUUUCAAUGAAAAUGGAGAUUCUGUUGGUCAGACUGAUUCGCUGUUUAAUUUCGAGCCGCCAAAAUGUCCCAGCGGUAACUGGGCCGAUUGGGAACCGUCCGACUAUGUGUCUCCUAUCGAAUCCGACACGGAUGAAAACAGCACUGCGCAGCGGCGGCGGCAUAAUUCCACGACACGUGAUGACUCUGAAGAUAUUAUCAACGCCAUCCUAUCUGACCCCGAUAUGCACAAGGGGGACAUGCGUAACUCUGAAUUCAAUUCUCUCCUAUUCGGCGGUGAUUGUACCGGCCUGGAGUCGGACGCUUUCAGAUCUGACAAUGGGAACUCUGGUGUGACGGGUCUCGGAGUGACAUCGAACACCAACAACCAAAAGGGAGGCGAAGUCGAGGCUUCAGCUUCCUGCAGCAAAUGA